CAGGCAGCCCUAGAUUGACUCCAUUAAAAACUCCCAUAAGCCUUGCUGCGUCUGCCUCAGCAUGGCGGGAGGGAGGGACACCUUGGCUGUGGGUCUGUUCCCUCUCCUGUGAUUGCUGACCAGGAUCUCCCCGGGCUUGCCUUCCCUUCAGCCGCCCAGCGUGGUCUCACCAUCACCAUGCAGUAGACUCACUUGGGAGGCCUUUAGAAGUGCUGAUGCCAGGACCAAUUCAGUGGGAGCUUCUGGGGCUGGGAGGAGCAGCGUCCCAGUGAGAAGAGAGAAGGCUGCUCUGACAAAUCUGAACAUCUAGCUAUCUUCAGCCCUGCCGAGCUUGCGUGUGUUCUCCUAAACCUUGACAUCCCCCCACCCCCACCCAGGAUUCUCUGGAAAAUCAGAAUGCAGAGUUUUCAAUUAGAAAAGUCUUACUAGAGCAAGAGGCUAAAGGGAACUUUUAUGUGACACAGAAACACUCGGCUAUCUGGGCGUCUUUCCAGAGCUCCUUGCACAAUUACUUUCAAGGAUGAGACCGGGCACGAGUGAGGAAGUCAAGAACACAGAGCAGGGACGCAGGAACUCGGGGGAGGUCCCAUCGCGGCCGUGUCCCUCUUCGUUCUCUCCUCCCCGAUCAUGAGCACAGCAGCCCAAUGGACAAGGAUUUUCAAAUGUUAGAAAGGAUGGGAAAAGACUGUGUUCCCGGUCAGAGAUCCGUCAGAGCCCGGGAGACCCGGACCCACCCGGCUCAGCAUAGCAGCAGCGAUGGGGCAGAACGAGGAGGUGUGGAAGCAGGUGUUUCAGGAAUUAAUUCAGGAGGUGAAACCGUGGCACAAAUGGACCCUGAGACUAGACGAGAGCCUUCUUCCCGGCAUUCAGAAGCGGGGGUGGACACAGUAUCAGCAGUGGGGCUUUGCCAGAUUCCAGUGCUCCUCGUGCUCCCGCACUUGGGCCUCUGCCCGAGUUCAGGUCCUUUUCCACAUGCACUGGAGUGAGGUGAAGUCCAGGGGCCGGGUGAAGAUGAGGGUCUUUGCCCAGAGAUGUCAGAAGUGCUCCCAGCCUCCGUUUGAGGUUCCCGAGUUCACGAAUGAGAACAUCUCAAGGAUCCUGAACAACCUGGUGGUCCGAAUUCUGAAGAAGUGCUAUGGAGAAGAAUUUAAGUUGACUGAAGAGAUUCCUAUGAUCCGAGAAAUCUCUCUUGAAGGGCCACAUGACAGUGACAACUGCGAGGCAUGUCUGCAGGGCUUCUGUGUUCAGCGGGGGUCAGGCAUGGCCGUGCAGUCGCCAGUGUAUCCACCACUUCUCACGAUAGGCUCACCUAUCUCCCUCAGCAUCACCACACACAAGCCUUCUCCCACAAGGAGUGGCCCCUCCGCGGAUGCAGCGAAGAAAGGAAAGGUAUUACCCAGCCCCUGGUUUUCUGCGCCCACCCCCUGGGUUUCUGCGCCCACACAGGCUGCGAGCUUCCCCACCUCCUGGAGCCCAGGAGCAAACCCAAACCGCCAGGAGAAGAGAGUCCAGGACUCCCUCUCAAGCGAGAUGUUCUAUCCCGACACAGCCCAGAGGCCUGCACACAGGGCCUUCGGCCUGUGCUGCUGUGUUCUCAUUCUAAUCAUCAUCAUCGUGACUGCUGUGACACUCACGAUCUGAGCCUCGAAUGCAUGAUGCCAAGCUAAAAAGUCAGAUAUACUAAGUCAUAUAUUGUGUGAUCCCAUUGAUAUGAAACAUUCAGAAUAGGUAAAUCCAGAGUUGGGAAGUAAACUGAUGGCUACCCAGGGGCUGGAGGGAGAGGGGAAUUAGGGAGCAACUAUGUAAUCUGUACAGGUUUUGCAGGGGGUGCGAUGAAAAUGUUUUGGCAUAAGAUAGAGGUGGUGGUUGCACAAUACUGUGAAUGCCCUAAAUGCCAUUGAAUUGUUCGCUUUAAAAUGGUUAACCAUGUGAAUUACACCUCGAUUUAAAAAAACAGCGCUGUAAUUUCGUUCGUUCUCUAGAAAACUGAGAGUGAAGCGUUUAUGACUUACAGAACGAUUUGGAAAUCCUAUGAAACCUGUGGGCCCUCUCACCGGAAAAUGUUGCACAGACCCUCGGAGGGCAGUCUGUGGAGGCAUUUGCAGUUGAAAGUAUUAGGCUGAAAACCCGGGUUCUAAAGCAGGGGUCUCCACAGCCACUGAGGGACGAGGCAGACCGUCCACUGAGGUGAGAGAGGCAUCCUUAGAGCUCCGUUUAAUUUUUCUUCAUACUUUACUAUUUCUUGUUGCGUGUUUUGUAACAUAUGCUAAUAUAUUAGUAGAAUGAUAUAAUGAUAUAAAUAAAUAAAUAUAUACCCA